CUCGGCCGCCAUCUUUGUUUCUGUCCUUUUCUGCCGCCGCUCGUGUGUUUGGAUGUGCGCUUGUCGAAGGUUCCGAACACAAAGAGCGCGCAUAGCGUAGUAAACGCCCAGGUUUUUAUUCCUUCAGUCGCGGCAAGCUGCAAAGGCCUUCAACCAUGAACUACGGCCGGGCACCGCCGCAGAUCGACGGCAUGACGUCGCUCAAAGUGGACAACCUCACUUAUCGCACCACGCCGGAGGACCUGAAGCGGGUCUUCGAGAAGUACGGGGACGUUGGCGACGUCUACAUACCGCGGCAUCCCUACACGCGAGAAAGCCGUGGUUUCGCCUUCGUGCGAUUCUACGACAAACGCGACUGCGAGGACGCCAUGGACUCGCUGGAUGGGUACAUCCUGGACGGCCGCGAACUGCGCGUCCAAAUGGCGCGCUACGGGAGGCCCUCGGAUCCGUACCGCCAGUCGUCCUCGCGAAACGCCAGACCGAGCCGCCGUUCCCGUUCGAGGUCGAGGAGCCGUGGACGUCGAUCGAGGAGCCGGCGCCGUUCAGCGUCUAGAAGCCGUAGGCGUUCCAGGAGCCGGUCCCGGCAUCGCCGAUCAAGCUCCCGAUCUCGCAGGUCCAGGAGUCGGUCAAGGGAGCGUAAACGUUCCCACAGCCGUUCUCGCAGGAGCCGAAGCAGGUCAAGGGAGCGUCGUAAUAAGAGUCGCAGCAAGUCCAGGGAACGAAGCCGUUCACGAAACCGCGAGGCUAAAAGAAGCCGUUCCAAGUCGAGAAACAGAAGCCGCUCGAAAUCCAGAGAACGCAGCCGAUCUAAGGAACACGGCGGAUCAAAGUCCAAACGGCGCAGCCGCUCGAAGUCGAAGGGCCGUCGCAGCCGUUCCAAGUCCAGGGGACACAGCCGGUCCAGGUCAAAUGGACGCAGCCGAUCCAAGUCCAAGGAAAGGAGUCGAUCGAAGACCAAGGAGUACCGCUCAAAGUCGGAUGAGCGUGGCCACAGCAAGGAUCGCAGCCGAUCCAAGUCCAAGGAGCGCGGCGAGAGCAAGCGCAAGAGCCGGUCCACGUCCGCCGAUCGCGGCCAGCGACAGAGCCGAUCCAAGUCCAAGGAGCGCAGCCGCUCCAACUCCAGGGACCGCAGUCGUAGCCGCAGCCGGAGCCACCACGACGGCAACCAGCGAGACCGCAGCAGCCGCAGCCGUUCCCGCAACGGAGACGCCCACAGUCCAUCGCAGAGCCCCCGGAAGAUGGCUGAGGACAGGGCGGAUUCGAGGUCGCGGUCGAGGUCACGCAGUCCAGGAGACAAGCACAGUUCACCACCUCCGGAUGCAGCAGAGUCCAACGGUGAUCGCGAGAUGCAUUCGCCCGAACGAGACCGCCGCUCGCGGUCCAAAUCGCAGGACUCCGACUGAGACAUGUGAGGAUUGUCUUGCGCUGUUUUCUCAGCCUCCUCGGGCGAGGGAAAGCACGUCUCUCUCUUUCUGCCCUUUCUUGCAAAUACAUUAUAAUCCUAAAUACCGCUCCAUCUCUGCCCUGCUUCAGAGAAGCUUUGGUUUUGCCAAGUUUUUGGGUAAAGAAACAAUGUAUUGGGCUUUUCCCCUACUUCCAUUUCCUUGCUUUUUUUUUUUUUACGUCAUCAUUUGCAUGUCAUCAGCUUAUCUACAACAAAAGAAGUUGGUAAACAUGUUCAGUUGUUUGCUUAAGCUUUUUGUUACUUUAUCGAAGCUGUACUAGGUGUGAAUUUUUUCUUCCUCACUGUGUGUGGUUCUCAUUCAUUUGUCAAGAACGUGCUACUAGUAGUUUAAAACUUUGCAUGGUGGUCUACAUCUGGCAUUACAUAAUCGCAAGAAAUAAAAUCGAACUCCAUUUUUCUUUUGCAGUGAGAGGAUUUUACUGCGCAUGAUCUUUUUUUAUUUUCUUUUUUUAUAUAGUUUUGGGGGCACUUCAGGUUUGCUUUUCUGUUCAUCCGUAGCUUAAAGUUUGUCAUCACUUCGGCCAGAUGUGUGGCUGCACUCUGUAAUGUGCUUACCAUGUCGUCUUUGUUAGACGUUUUGUGACGAGUCUUGCAUAAUCGUGGAGAGAAUUCAGAUUCUGUUGUUACUUUUGGUGUCCUGUUUGAGAAAAAUCCUGCCCGUCGUGUGUGUGCGUACUUGAGCAUUUGGACACUACUCUUUCAUUGUAGGCAGACUGCCAACUGUUGUCCCUCUGUAAGCAUCCCUGUUUAUUUUUUCUUGCCUUGUAUCACAGUUUUCAAAUUAAAAGCAUCGUGGAACUGGGAAAUGUUUGCAAGCUAUAAUAAUGGCCCCAUGACAAUUUAGCAAAAGUUUGGUGGUGUUUCAUUGUAGUUGCCUUGUGGCUUGCAGUUUUUUUCUCACUUAUGCCAGUUCAUGCGACUUGGCCUUGUGCAGAAAGGCACAGUUGUAACGCGUUCACCUAACUAUAGCAGCUGAUCACUGCGUUGAAUGUUCUAACCUGUAAUAGUUGGUGUAUAACUUUUACUAGGCACAAGUUUGAUAUUUCAACAUCCUGCGGUAAGCGCAGGAACUUAAAUGUAUAACCUGUAGGUAACUUUCUGGUAGUUUACUCGACAUUUUGUUGUUUAGUUUUUGCACGUGUGUAAAUAGUUGUUCCUCACCCUUCUUUCUUUUCUUCUUUUUUUCCACGCGUGUGGCCACUCUGGCUGGGAACAAAGACGAACAAGUUCUAAUUGGUUUUGACUCCAGCAUCACAUGUGCUAUAAGGGAGUUAUAGCAUAGCAAUGCGGCUUGGCUUGCAGCUGAUUCACGUGGCUGUCAGAGGCUCCGUCAUGGCAUCGGCAUGCAUCAUGGUACAGCGUCUUAUCGCUGCUUUCUCAUCAAAAACGAGAUACCAGAAACAUCAAGAGCAUCAGCUCAUGACUAAGUGCUGUCUCAUGACGUAGGCUGACGGUGUGAGGAAGCAUUUGAUGGCUCAUUGAAUUGGGCCUUAACGCUCAUUCACACCUGCAGCUAGCACCAGUUGUGCAACCAAGUUAGUCGCAAUGCAACUGGUCGCAAAUGGCCACUGUGGUUGAGAAGCGAUUGCUUUGGCUUAGUUGCUCACUGCUUAAUUUUUCAGUAAACGUCUGAAUCAAUCAGAUGCCAGCAACAGGAUGUCAGCUUAUUUCGCUAGGCAAUGGCAACUGCGCUAGCACGACUUUGAUGUGGCAUCGGGCAAGUAGCACUAGCCGUUGUGAGCAUUGAUCACCUCGAGUUGCAAAUGGUCAUGCAACCGGUGCUAAUUGCAGGUGUGCACGAACCUUUAAGAUGCAUGCAGGCAUGUCAGAUGAAGUGGGUCCUGUCAGGCGUGCAAUAGGAUCGCUGCGAAUUUCUGCGAGGCCAUGGCUGUACGGGGAGGGGUGUUGGGAAAGGAGGGAGUGGUGUGCAACAUUUUUGGCUUGGCUUGGCUGAUUGUUGCCGUGUGUUGUUGCCCCCCUGUCUGUGCCCGCAGGCCCUGAGGUGUGAAGGGCGUUGGUAAAAGGCGUUGGUGGCUCUGUCGAAAUGGCGGGAGACACUGCCAAGUACGAGUUCCCGGCUGCGCUGUGUUCGGGCGGUGGUUUCCAGAGUGCGGGGACGUGUGCUGAAGCUUGCGUGCAACCCCCAACCCACUUGCUCAUCACCUCCAGGCUUUAUUUUUUUUUCACCGUCGGCCAUUUGCCUUCUCCCUACUAAAUUUUAACGACAAGGUUAUCUUUGCUAAGUAAUUGGCAAAUAUCUUGGACACCUGAGAUUGUAAAGAGCUGAAGCUUGCAUCUUUUAGGCAAAUCUUUAGGUUUUCAUUGCUUUUGAAAUGAAAGUGGAUUGAUUGGCCAUGGUGGGUUAUAAUUGAAGCUUCCUGAAAUUGCUAGCAUCUCAUUAACAGCUGUGCAGCUUCUUAGUAUGUGCAAACAGGUUUUUAAAAACAGGCCUGGUAACUGGCAAAUUCUUUAUACUACAAGCUACCACCUAACACUGCAAGCUGGUAUAUACUUUGUGACAGCACACCAAUGGUAAACUACAUACUAUCAAUAAUUGGCCCUUUGAAGUCUACUUUUUAUUUUGUUGAAUGCCUGUUGUCUUAACUGAACGACCAUUUCAAAGGUACCGCUUGAGCAGUGAAGCCCUGUUGUUCGAGGCAAGAGAUCGAGAAGGCCGAGCGAGCGGUUUGGGGGUCGGAAAGGGCGUUGGCGGUCCGGGCGAUUUCGGGCUCCUCGUGGAGGCGGUUUGCGGCCGGAGCUGUGGCAUGCUGUUUGGUGUGGUGCCGGCGUGUUGCUGAUUUGCAGCCUGUGAGAGAGAAAACAAAACAAAAAUGCCGGCGUAAGUAGUUUUGAUCGAGAUGACGGUGAGCCAAUUGUUCUUGACUGAGUCUCACCACAGGCUGGGGGAUCUUCCUUCCUGAGGCGUGCGUGUCGUGUAGCGGCCCCGGCUGUAGUUCCGGCUGGCGUUCCAGCUUUGGCUCGUGCGAUGCGGCGGUCCUGGCACGUUUGCUGAACCUGUGGUGCCUGAGUUCCGCGUGGUGGGGCGCUUGCUGAAGGAGCUGUGCGGUUUGGUUCCACUGCUGGUUUUUUUUUUCUUUCUUUCUCCCUCUAGGUGUGGCAUCCCUGAAGACCAAAAGCAGCUUUUGAACAAGCAUUUGCACAGAGUGGAGUAUGCAGAACGACUUUGCUUCUUUUUUUUUUUUUUUUAUGUUGUCUGGCGCCACAUUUGUGAAGUGCUAGUAGCACUUCACAAGUCUUGCACUUCCCCUGUACAAAGGGGGUGCCUGCAGUUUAAGCAUUAAACAAAAAACGUUAACGUUCUGCUACAUCUGAAACCAAUAUCAGUUGGCAUUGUUGCUGAGCCAGGUCACAAUUUUGUUGUCACUGCCAUGGCAGAAAUGGAUCGGCAGGCAUCAACUGCAGCGACGCGCAAUGUUUGCUCCUUGUGGAUUUGGAAGCUGGCAUUUGAUCGUAGACGUGCGCAGAGGGGGGGGGGGGGGCAGGAGGGCGGCCACCUCCCCUAGUCACCUAAGAAGAGGGGGGCGCAAAGUCUGCCCCUGACUUGAUAGGGAGGGGGGCGCCACGAUGAACCUUCGCUCCCCUUGAAGACCCUGCACACGUCUAAGCGUUUCAUGCCAUGUUGGCUUCAGAACUGCAUUACAGAUUGGAGACAGUUUAAAGCAGGGAGACUCGAAACGCCCAGUAGAGCAGGCUUUAAUAGUCAUUCCGUUGUAUCCUCCAUGUAUAACAACCAGUGGUUGAAAGGUUAUUGAUCCUGCCUUGGGUAGCGUGAAACAUAUUUCACAUAUUGAUUGGCCCCUUUUUUUAAACAAUAAUUUUGGAGCCCAAUUGUACAGCAGGCUUCCGUUGUCUGCAUGCUCUGCUCUUUCGAAAAUCGAAUAAAGUGUUCACACUUCGAA